UACGUAAUGUUUCUCUCUCCUCCCUUAAAUAAUUUUUGUCACCUUUCCAAUCAAAUGGGCGAAAUUCUAGCAUCUGAGAAAUUCUGCAGUAUCAAUAUGCGAAAAGAAAUGCCUUGCGACAAUGCUGUUCGUCUCUGUUUGAAAUGACAGGUCUAAAACGACGAUCGGGACCGUCGCUCUUGCGCGUAUAAAAGUUAAUUCAAUUCCUCACCCCCCUUCACUCUCCACCUCUUCGGAGCUGAGACAAGCAAAACCAACAGCUGCAGCAUCUGUAUCUCCAUCUUCCAGGACUCGCUCGCUUCUCUUCCUCUUCCUCGCCGCCUUUCUCGGACUCCGCUCCGGCCCGAACUGACUAAGUUCUUUCCGCACUUGUUCCUCCAGGCGAGGCACGGCCUCCUUCAGGCUUUGCACCUCGCCCUUCACCUCCUCCAGGCUGCGGAUCAGCCCGCUCAGCGUCUCCAAGAUGUCGGCGUGACGCGGGGAGGGCGGCCUGGGGCCGGAGGCUUUUAAACGGUUGCGAAACUCGGCCCGACUCCUCAUUGCGGUGAUGCUGCCUUCGUUCUCUUUGGUCCUUCGAUACCAGGAGACCGCCAGCGUGAGGCCGGCCACUCCGAUUCCCACCCCUGCUAACAAGCCCAAUAACAGGGCCUUGCCAUCGGUUGACUGCGUCAUGCCCGCGAGCGCUAGCCGUUGCUAUAGUCCGUUAGAAGUGAGCGCGAGCAGCAUCGACAAUCUGGAAUCUAGUCGCCAGCUGCUGAUCCUCACAUUCACCUUCAUACAAAACAACUCGCUGUUGUUAGCUCCAACAAAACAACUUCUGCCGUUGUCUGCUGUCACACGCGGUUAAUAACCGCCCACUCGGAAUUCUCUACUCCCGGCUGCAACAGCCUAUUUUUGCACCGUGAGUGACAGCAGGAAAGCGAAAGUAUAUUGAGCACUCACAGAGAUCACCUCGUGUUUGUCAGGGAGCCAGCUGUUCCAGGUUUUGAGUCAUAUAACCGAUAAGGACGUCAGAUUUUAUAGAGCUACCCACGUUCGUGUUUGCCUUCCUUCUCUUUCACUGUAGAAGAAAGAAUACCUGUCAGAAGCUGAAAAGGUUUCAUAAACUGGCAAUGAGAUUGGUUUCUCUUCAAAAUAAUAAUAAUUCAGUGCAAAGAAGCAGAGGAGACGAAACCUGAAGCCUUUUUCACUAGGAAGAUUUUUAUUGGUACCUGUGAGGAAAAUUGGAUGUAUCUGGACAUUUUCCUAACCCUGCCUGAGAGAUGCCAGCCAAAACACCAAUUUACCUGAAAACAACCAACAACAAGAAAGGCAAGAAAUUUAAGCUGAGAGACAUUUUGUCCCCGGACAUGAUCAGCCCUCCUCUUGGAGACUUCCGCCACACCAUUCACAUUGGCAAUGGAGGGGAGCAUGAUGUUUUUGGGGACAUUUCAUUUCUCCAAGGGAAGUAUGAUCUAUUGCCUGGAAAUCAAGGCCAGGCAAAGCUUAGUCAAUAUGGAGGGCACAGUGAAUUCUCAAGGGCAAACAGUACCCCAAAUUCUACUUUCUCUGAGAUGCCCUCACCUGUGCUGAAGAAUGCCAUAUCGCUUCCUAGUAUUGGCGGAUCUCAAGCACUCAAUCUUCCUCUACUAACUACUGUAACCUUUGUUUCAAAGCGGGAUUUCUCGGCCCCUCCCAAGCCCCCUCGACUCCACCCAGCCACUGAACAGCAUAUGCCAGAAAAGGAUGAGCACUGUGGGAAUGGGCACGUUAUUACAGAAGGAGGAGAAGUGAAGAAGUGUCCAAUGGUAUUACAGAAUGGCGAAGCCAGCAUCAAUCACUCGCAUAAAUUUCUUGGACAUUCUAGAGAGUGUAAAAUCAUGGAGGAAGAUUCCGCUCAUAGCACUAUACAGUGUGAAAUGACAAGAAUGAACAAUUCAUCAGAGGAUACCCUCCUCAAUCUCACCGGCUCACUGCUCUCCCUUCAGCUGGAUCUCGGACCUUCAAUUUUAGAUGAUGUACUCAACGUUAUGGACAGAAAGCACCAGAUGGAAAUCAAAUAACAAGCAAUUCUCAACAAAAGUUAACAAUGAAGAUCUUGGACCUCUUUCAUAAUACAUUUGAACCACAGAACCUGUAUAUGUGCUUACUGAACUUGAGGGUGAAAAGUCAAUGUUUCCCGCCUGCUUCUUAGAAAUGGACUCAGCGUCGUCUGCAGUCGUCAUUUGGUCCGAAGAGCAUGAAGGACUGCUGUUUGGCUGUGAUACAAUUUUCAGUGCGCAUUUAUGCAGAAUGACUUCUCAACAAUCUUUGCCCACAUGUUCAACAGAGGGGCAGUGAGUUCAUGUUUGUGCAGUGUAACUGGGUCUUGCUGAACCUUUUCAAUGGCUUGUCAGAAUUCUGACACUAGAGCAGAGCAUUUUUUUGUGCAAAUUGACUUGGUGUGUUUGGUGCAUCCGUGUAUCCAUCCUUCAUUCAGGCAAUUGUUAAAAUUUAAUUUCUUUACAACUGUAAUGGUAGUUUACAACUAUCUCUGUUUUUGUCAACUAUCGCUUGCUCUUCAAAGAAAUUUGUUUUUGUGAAACAUUGCUUAAAUGUACAUGUUACUUGAAACAAGUGCAACAUCUGACAACAAUAAAGAAAUAAUUAUGGGAUA